AUAACCCAUUUAUUAAAAUUUUGCAGUUCAUUUGAAAAUUGGGGAUUUGUGAAAAACAGUUGAAAUAAGAGAUUUAUAUUUCAAGUCGAAAUGGAUUUCCUGAACGACACCUAUGACAUCCAGACAACUUCUCCGCCACGAGUUUGGGAGGAUAAAUUUCCCCUCGUCGCUUCUACAUUAUUCAGCAUGGAAGUAGUUACCAACACCAUUUCGGCUUUUGGUUGCGUAGGAAACAUUUUCAUCAUGAUAAUUGUAUCUCACUGGGAUAAGCUGACUUCAGGGGGCGCUUGCAUGUUCAGUUUGGCUCUCGCCGACUUUCUUUCCGUCUUCUACGACGCUUUCAUCGACAGCCUCCCCAAACUUAUCGGCUAUGGACUUGUGUCGGCAAAUAGCCCCAUCUGCGCAAUUUCCACCAUGAUUUCUUGGGUCACAAGCUACUCUUCAUUUUAUAUAACUGUACUCUUUAGUUUGGAUAAAUGCAUUGCUGUCGUUUUUCCAUUCAAAUAUAAACAAUACGCAAAACCAAAACUUAUUGUGUUUGCAACCUUGUUGAUUUAUUUCUGCGAAACUGUUUACGCUCUUCCUGUGCUUUUUGUGGUAAGAUUACACGAGGUCGCAGACUUUUGUUACCCGGUGAGCUUCAAAUAUAUAAGUCGAAGUUAUUACGUAGACUUCAAACCAAGGUUGACAACAGUCUUGAAUGGAUUUGUACCUGUAUGCUUGGUGUUAAUUCUGACGACAAUUACGAUCAUCAAAAUCCGAAGGUCCAGUGCGAACGUGAAAAGUGAGAGGUCGCGGACUUCCGUUUCGCGACGGGACAACGAAAUCACUCGGCAGAUGAUCGUGGUCGGAAUCUUCUUCGGCUUUUUCAACAUGAUAGCAUCUCUUUGUAUCAGGUUUCUAUUCAGGAGACGAAUUCGAAGUCUGAAAGACCAGGCGAAGUAUCAGUUCGUGCAAGGUGUCAUUUCAAUAUGCAUUGCGCUGAUCAACUCGGCGAAUUUCUACUUGUACAUGAUCUUCGGCAAAACCUUCCGGGCUAAUUUCGUAUCUUUCGUCAAACGGCAAAAAGAAGACUUCCUGGCAAAAGACACACGAACAAAUCAUGCAAUGACGGAGAGAAACAAAAAUGCAGAAGAGAAGAACUAACUAAUUGGUUAAUUAACUAAUUAAUUUUAUUAAGCAUGUACCCUUGAACGUCAUUUUUUGUGCUAGUUUCAGCCUUUGCUAUAAUGUUUAUUUAAUA